UAAAAGUGUCCAAUGUGGAUGAAGGUAAUAAUCUAAUACAACGUAGACUUGGUCGCAAAAAGUUCUCCUCAUCAUUGAUGAUGUGGAUGCAUUGUGCCAGUUGGAUGCUUUAGCAGGAACAGGCGACUGGUUUGGUAAUGGAAGUAGGAUUAUCAUUACUACAAGAGAUAAACAAUUGCUAACUUGUCACCGGAUGGAUCAACAUCAUGUAUAUAAAGUUGAGGCACUGAGUAACAGUCAAGCUCAUGAGCUGCUUAGUAAGCAUGCUUUUCAAACACACCAAAUUAGAACAGAUCUAGUGGAUGGUGCUCUGAAAUAUGCUAAAGGCCUUCCUUUAGCACUUGAAGUGCUGGGUUCCUUAUUAUGUGGUACAACAGAAAAUGUAUGGGAAAGUACAAUAAAAAAACUUUCUAGGAAUCCUGACAAAGCCAUUAAUAAUGUGCUCAAAGUGAGUUUUGAUGGAUUAGAUGAAAAUGAGAAAGAGAUCUUUCUCCACAUUGCCUGCUUCUUUAAGGGGUGGGCAACAGAGCAUACAAAGAAAGUUCUUGAUAGUUGCGAUCUUGAGACAAUUGUAGGAUUUGAUAUUCUCAUUAAGAGGUCCUUGAUAAGCAUUGAGAAUGGAAUCCUAAAAAUGCAUGACUUGAUUCAAGCAAUGGGUAUGGACAUUGUGAACCAAGAAUGUCGAGAUGUUCCUGGAAGACGCAGCAAACUAUGGUUGUGUGAUGAUGUCGUCGAUGUUCAGUCACGUGACAUGGGAGAUUGUGCUGUAAAAGCCAUAGUGUUGGCACUACCUGAGCCAACAGAGAUGCGUAUCAAUCCCGAUGAUUUUACAAAAUUGAGAAGGCUUAGAUUGCUCAUCUUGCACAACGUGCAUAGUUCCUUUCAUGGUCCUACAUGUCUUCCUAGUGAGCUUAGAUGGUUUGAAUGGUCUGGAUGUGCUCACAAGAUUCCAAAUGCAGCUAAUCCAAAGAAAUUAGUGGGACUUAAUAUGAGUAAAGGCAAUAUCACAGAAGUUCCAAAACAAUUUAAGGUAAGUAUUACUGACAUAGACCUUUUUAUUAUCUACUUAAUUUGUAUAUGUAGAUGCGUAUUUUAUGUAUAGUAUAUGAAAGGAAGUGUUGUUCCUCUA